GAACAAGUCAAACGUUUAAAGGGCACCUCCACAUCUAGGGCUUAUCAAAGGGUUACAGCUUAUCACAGGUGGCAUGCAUGUCAUAGUGAUGUUAUGCCUACAGCCAGUACCACCGUUGGUCUACAUGUUAUUGUGACGUUAUGCUUACAGCCAUUACAACAAGAGAAAUAGUGCGGGACCAAUAUUACAGGUAAAAUAUUGAAGUUAGUGUAAGCGUAGAGAAAUCAAUUCAAAGAAACAAUUUUUGUUUAAAGUAAAAAUGUGACAAUUCGAUUAAAAUGUUAAAGUUUUUCUAUUUUUUUACUUCACAGAUAUAAAGUAAUCACAUUUAUUUUUUAAAUCAACGUUUUAGUCAAAUUUGGGGAAGCUUAGUUAAAAAAAAAAACAACAACACACACACUCAACACAACAACACACACACACCACAACAACAACAACAACAACACACACAACACAACAACAACACACACACAAAACACAACAACAACAAAACAACAAACAAACAAAAAGUUUUGGAAUAUUUUCUUCUUCAAAUUUAGUAUCAAUGAAAUUGAAUUAAUUUAUAUAAGGCUUUAUUUUUUAUAGUGAAUGGAAUAUUUUUGUUCCCCCCUGACAGAAAAAGUCAUUAACUAGGAGGCCUAUAAAUAGAACACAAUACUUACAUUUUAUUAUUUAUUAAACUGUAAGGAGUUUAUUUAAAUAAACUUUUUUUUAAAAAGUUAUAUUUUAUUUAACUUAAUGGUGAUAUUUUUAUUUAUUUAUUUUUUUUUCAGUGACUAAUCAAAAAACAAAAAAAAAGUUUCUUGUUGAUGAGUACAAAGGGACAUAACUUGACAUCAACAAGAGUAUCCUUUGAGAGCAGCGACAGAUAAUUUGAGCUGUUAAUAUCCCUGUUUAGAUGGGGAUACGAUUGUUUCGAUCGCUAUGUCUCCCUACAUGUCUCCCUAUAUGUCUCCCUAUAUGUCUCCCUAUAUGUCGACACGGAAAGAAGCUCCUCAUAUUUAUGGUGGUGACCACAGUGUUCACACUGUUCUUACUCGUCCUGGAGAGCAUCGUGUUUCUGUCUCCCCCUGAAGUGAUAUCCAAAAAAAUAGAAUUGGGAUUGUCUUCUCCUGUCGUGGUUGGGGAUUCGACCCAUAUACCAAUUCAACGUGUCCAGGGGCAACGACCGAAAGCUGUGUUAAACAAACACACGAAAAAGCCAAGCACGUUUAAUAAGAGAUCGAAUGUCGUGUAUUCGCUGUUGCGUCCAGCCCCUACUGUUGGGGUGCAGAGAGAAUCACGUGGUCCUACUGUUGGGGUGCAGAGUCAAUCACGUGGUCCUACUGCUCGGGUGCAGAGUGGAUCACGUUGUCCUAAAUGGAUGCUACCCACUAAAUGUGUCAUUUAUAAUAAAAUUAUUCAAAAUUUCACCAUUCAAAAAAGUGACAAGAAGGACGAUUUGAUCAAUCUCCACAGGUGAGUCAAUAAUUCUAUCAAUAAAUUCAUCAGUACUUUCAGCCAUACAUCCAACAAUACACCCACCACUGAAUCCAUCUAUGAAUCCUUCAUUAAAUCCAUCACGAUAUACAUCAAUUAAUCCACCAAUAAAUCCAUUAAUGCACCAAUCAAUAAAUCCAUCAACAUAUUAAUCAAUACAGUGGUACCUCGGGAUACGAAAGCCUCAUGUCACCAACAAUUCACGAAAGGGACACAUUUCCUACAACCGUUUUUCUGUGUAAGAAACAUAGAUUAAAUCUUUUUUCAUUAUAGAUUUAAUUUCUUUGUUUCUUUUCUCUCUCUCUCUCUCUCUCUCUCUUUAUUUAAUACUUGAAGUAAACGGAUGCUUAUAAAAUAAGAACGAUCUUUUGAUCAUGAAACGCAUCUCCCUCUUUGUCAAUGGUUGAAAUAGCUCGGGCUUCAACCGCUCCGGGUUUCGAACCAAGUUCUGGAACGAGUUAAGUUCGUAACCCGAGACUGCACUGUGCAUCCAUAAAGGUAUCCAUCCAUAAAUCCAUCAAUGAAUCCAUCAAUAAAUCCAUCAAUGAAUCCAUCCAUAAAUCCAUCAAUGAAUCCCUCAAUAAAUCCAUCAAUGAAUCCAUCAAUAAAUCCAUCAAUGAAUCCAUCAAUAAAUCCAUCAAUGAAUCCAUCAAUAAAUCCAUCAAUGAAUCCAUCAAUAAAUCCAUCAAUGAAUCCAUCAAUAAAUCCAUUAAUGAAUCCAUCAAUUAAUCCUGCAAAAAAUCCAACAGUAAAUCCAUAAAGUGAAACUAAUAGAUAACCAUAUUCGAUGUAUAACUUUAUUUUAAAAGAACUUGAGUCUUUCUUGAUAUAAUAUGAAGAGUUGAAUAUAUAAUUAUCAAUUUAUGAAAUAGUUGCAUUCAAAAGUCUAGUUCUUCUGGGGGUUGAUAAUUGAAUUGUGUUUUCAGAAGUCUAGUUCUUCUGGUGCUUGAUAUUUGAAUUGUGUUUUCAAAGGUCUAGUUCUUCUGGUGUUUAAUAUUUGAAUUGUGUUUUUAAAAGUCUAGUUCUUCUGGUUUUGAUGUUGGAAUUGUGCUUUCAAAAGUUUGAUUUUUGUGUCACCUGAUACUUGAUAUGUUUAAAAAAACCCACAUAAUUUGAACCACAUCAUAAAAGAGCCAUUGAAGCCCAUUCAAAUAUGUAUUUGAUGUAUUUAUUUGAUGCUGAGUUUCACAAUAGCAAUUAAUGAGAUGUGUUCCACAGGUACGAUUACGUCAUAGAUUCCACCGCCUGUCAGAGAGAGUCCCCCCAUGUCGUUUUGCUUGUCCACAGCAAAUUUGAUCACUACCAAAGGAGGGAGGUCAUUCGGUCAACCUGGGCGCAUAACAGGAAAGUAAAAAAAAAAAAACGACCAACUUAGAUAUUUGAUAUAGGGGGAGAGCGGGGUAGGUUGUCUUGUGGGCUUGUUGUCUCGUGGGUAGGUUGUCUUGUGGGCUUGUUGUCUCGUGGGUAGGUUGUCUUGUGGGCUUGUUGUCUCGUGGGUAGGUUGUCUUGUGGGCUUGUUGUCUCGUGGGUAGGUUGUCUUGUGGGCUUGUUGUCUCGUGGGUAGGUUGUCUUGUGGGCUUGUUGUCUCGUGGGUAGGUUGUCUUGUGGGCUUGUUGUCUCGUGGGUAGGUUGUCUUAUGGGAAGGUUGUAUUUUUGUUAGGUUUUCUCCUGGGUAGGUCGUAUUUUGGGUAGAUUGUCUCCUCGGUAGGUUGUAUUUUGGGUUGGUUGUCUUGUGGAUAGUUGUCGUUGGGUAGGUUGUCUUGUGGAUAGUUGUCUUGUGGGUAGGUUGUCUUGUGGACUGGUUGUAUGAUGGGUUGGUUGUCCCGUGAGAUGGCUGUCUCGUGCGCUGGUCGUCAAGUGGGCUGUUCGUCACUUUGGCUGGUUGUCUCGUGAGCUGGUCGUCACGUGGGCUGGUUGUCUUGUGUGUUGGUUUUCACAUCGUUCAUAUUUUAAAGACCAGAAACGAUGUGAAGUAUUUAAAGACAGAGCUCACUGCAUACCUACACAGCUGCUCUGCUUACUUCUUUUCAAACUGUUUGAUCGUUUCAGAAAAUAGAUUCGUACCUUGUUAAGUACAUUUUCUAGAUUAUUUCACUAUUUUCUUUGAUUAAAGUUACAAUUACAAAUUAUGCUUCUUUUAUUUUUUUAGAAGUUACAUUAUUUAUUUUAUUUUAAAAGCUCAUUAAUAUAAUUUCUUUAACUACCAUAUAAAUAUCAUUUCUUUAACAAGGAUGGAAAUAUCAUUUAUUUAACUGGCACAUAAAUAUAAUUUUUAACUAUCAUGUAAAUAUUAUUCCUUUAACUAGCACAUAAAUAACAUUUCUUUAACUAGAACAUAAAUAUGAUUUCUUCAACUAAAAUGUAAAUAUUAUUUCUUUAACUAGCACAUAAAUAUCAUUUCUUUAUCUAACAUGUAAAUAUCAUCUCUUUAACUAGCACAUAAAUAUCAUUUCUUUAACUAACAUGUAAAAUAUCAUGUCUUUAACUAGCACAGGUUCAGUUUCAAAUAAAUAUAACGGAAAUUUAUUUUUAGACCUGGUUGUCCCAGUGUAAUAAGUAGGUAUUUUAUUUGGACUCUCAUUUCAAAUUAAUAUUUUUGAAAUUUCAAGGGAAAAAACUAUUCCCUCUCUCAUACAACAAUUCAUUCAACAUCAUGAUAAGCCCAUUAAAUUGGUUUUUAAAUUAUAUUUUAGUUUUCAAUAAUUAAUCUUCGUAAUUUGUAAAAAGUGUGACAACCUACAUUGCACUCCCCUAUCUUACUCAUGGCCAGUCCGCUGUCUGGUCUAGCUGAAAUUAUCAUACCGCUUUUAGUUUCUUGAAGGUUUUAAUUAAGGGGUUACCGUGUGGAGUGGAGAUGUAUGAAAUGGUUCCAUACACCUCGACUAGUACAUACACCUCGACUAGUAGGCUACAUACACCUCGACUAGUACAUACACCUCGACUAGUAGGCCACAUACACCUCGACUUGUACAUACAUCUCGAUUAGUACAUACACCUUGACUUUUACAUACACCUCGACUAGUACUUUGGAGGAAACUCAAAUAGUCAGAGGCUCAAUUAUAAAAAUUUAGAUACUUAAGGAAUAAAAAAUACAUAAUUAUAAAGUUGCCAUGAUAAUGGAAUCAAUGACAAACAGCAAAUUAGACGAUACAAAUAUGGGAAACGUUAUGCGCAGUCGGCUGGGAAUUAGCCAAAUAAGGUUUGUUACCGCUAGUUUGGCCAUUUACAAACAAGUAUUAUGCGGCAGAUAAACUAACACGUAUUAAUUUUAAUUAAUAUUGAAUGAUAGUAAUAGUAUUAGUAUUAGUGGUAUUAUUAGUAUUAUUGCUUGCAUCUUAUAUAUUAUAAUUAUAAGUCCAAGUCAAAGUCUACAUUUCUUGGACUUAGAGUCUAAGCCUAAGAAGAUGAUUUUUUAAAAGGCAUUCCCAUGGUUUAAGUCUAGUUCUGUAUUCUGAUUGAUUAGGUUUUUAUAUGUUGCUAUGAACAUGUGGUUGGUUUUACUGACUAAUUCAGGAAAUACAUUCUAUUUAUCUUUUUUUUUUAAAUUAUAUCAUUUAUGAUUUUUUUUAGUGACCUAAAUGUGGCAGUUUUCAGCUUCCAUGCAAAGCUAUAACUGUGUGAAAGUAUUUAUUAAAGUGCCCCCCCUCUACAGAACCCCCUGCCCCUACAGCUAUUUUUUACUGCUACUCUGCACUGACCACUCCUGAUUAUAAUUAUUGUACCAGAGAAACAAUGAUUUUAUCUGCCACAAAAUUAGUUAACAACACAAAAAAUAUGUUAACAACACAAACAUAUAGUAUGAUAAUCAUAAGAAUAACAUUAUUAACAUUACAUUGAUUAAUAAUUCUUAUGUUUUAACAUUUUUUAGCCAAAAAAAAAAUGUAAAAAUAAGCCUAAGCUUCACUCUCGAGAACAAACAUAACAAACUAACACGUAUUAUACAUUCAUGACUGUCCUUUGGCUGGAAUUGAACUCCAGACAACCAACUUGAGGUAUGCUCAGUUUAUACCAUUCGACCACCCAGUCACCAUGGUAAUGAGGCACCUUUAUCGAGUGAUACUGUAACACAGGAAGAAUAUAGACGUCACGUGACUUGCCGGCUGCGCGUAACCACUUCGUAAAACUAUAUGCUUCUAAGUUAAUUUCAACUUUUAAAUCCCAGAGCAAUGUAUUUUCAGAACCGUCCAGGGAGUGAGUGUCACAACCGUGUUUGUCCUGGGGAUACCUGAGGCUAAAG